AUGAGACACAAGCUCCUGAACCUGAAUGGGCACCAGACAGGGAAGAUGUACACAAUCCGAAGCCUGCCAACAAUGAGACACAGGGAGCUGGCGGAAGAAGAAGGCAUGGAGGACAUGACACAACUGGAAGAUCUCAGCGAAGAAGCUGUGCUGCUAAACUUAAAAAAGAGGUUUGAUCAGGACCUGAUUUAUACUUACAUCGGCAGCAUCCUCGUGUCCGUAAAUCCAUACAGGAUGUUUAACAUCUAUGGCACUGACAUGGUGCUACAAUAUGAGGGGCACACCCUGGGAGAGAACCCUCCUCACCUGUUUGCUAUAGCAAAUGUGUCUUACACUACUAUGAUGGAUGCCAAACAGAACCAGUGCAUUAUUAUCAGCGGGGAAAGCGGCUCAGGCAAGACAGAAGCCACCAAGCUUGUUCUGCGCUACCUAGCAGCAACACAUCAUAAACACAACACCACCCAACAGAUUAAGAUUCUUGAGGCAACUCCACUGUUAGAGUCAUUUGGAAAUGCCAAAACAGUUCGAAAUGAUAAUUCAAGUCGGUUUGGGAAAUAUGUGGAAAUCUUUUUGGAGGAGGGUGUGAUCAGUGGUGCCAUAACCUCACAGUAUCUACUUGAGAAGUCUAGGAUUGUGUUUCAGGCCAAAGAUGAAAGAAACUAUCACAUUUUUUAUGAAAUGCUGGCUGGUCUUCCUAUACAGCAGAGGCGGUUAUUCUACCUUCAGGAGGCUGAGACCUACUAUUACCUCAACCAGGGUGGCAACUGUGAGAUCCCUGGUAAGAGUGAUGAGGAUGAUUUCCACAGGCUCCUCAACGCCAUGGAGGUUCUUAAUUUUAGUGGCGAAGACCAGAACAGCAUCUUUAGGGUCUUGUCUUCCAUCCUCCACCUGGGGAAUGUGUUCUUUGAAAGAUACGAGGCUGACUCUCAGGAGAUGGCGUCUGUGGUGAGUGCAAAGGAAAUCCGAGUAGUAGCCGAGCUGCUCCAGAUCUCACCAGAAGCACUGCAGAAAUCCAUUACCUUCAAAGUGACGGAAACAAUGAGAGAGAAGAUAUAUACCCCCCUUACAGUGGAGAGUGCAGUUGAUGCCAGAGACGCCGUUGCCAAGAUCUUGUACUCCCUCCUGUUCAGCUGGCUCACAGACAAGAUAAAUGGUCUAGUUUACCCACAAAAUGAAGCCUUGUCUAUCUCCAUUCUUGAUAUUUACGGAUUUGAGGACCUCACAUUUAACAGCUUUGAACAGCUUUGUAUCAAUUACGCAAACGAGUAUCUGCAGUUCUUUUUCAAUAAAAUAGUCUUCAGGGAGGAACAAGAAGAAUACAUCAGAGAACAGAUCGUUUGGAAUGAAAUGUCUUUCAGUAGCAACGAGGCCUGUAUUGACCUCAUUGCUGGAAAGCCUCAUGGGAUACUUAGAAUCCUUGAUGAUCAGAGCUGUUUCCCACAGGCGACAGACCACACCUUCCUGCAGAAGUGUCACUACCACCAUGGCAACAAUUCCCUUUAUGCAAAGCCAAAGAUGCCCCUUCCUGAAUUCACCAUUAAGCAUUAUGCUGGACGAGUCACUUAUCAGGUUUACAAGUUUUUGGACAAAAAUUAUGAUAAUGUCCGCCAAGACGUUCUGGACCUUUUCAUUCAAAGCAAGAACAGGAUGGUGUCAAACAUCUUCAUGAAUCACGCGGAGGUCCUCAGCAAACAGUCCCUCCUGAAGAAGAACAGUACUGUCUCACGCCGCUACCAGCCCUCCACAGCGGCAGCCAAGUUCCAGCAGUCUCUCCUGGAGCUGGUGGAGAAGAUGGAAAGGUGCAAUCCUUACUUCGUGCGCUGCAUAAAGCCCAAUAAUAAAAAGGCACCUGGUGUAUUUGAGACGGAUUUGGUCACCACCCAGUUACGCUACUCUGGGAUCUUGGAAACCAUCCGUAUUAGGAAGGAAGGUUACCCAGUCAGAAUCCCUUUCCAUGUCUUUCUGAACAGAUACAAGGCCCUGCUGGGUUUGCAGCACCCCCCUCCCCCAGAUGGGGAGAACUGUGUUGCCAUGUUGAAGAAGCUUUGUCUGGUCAAGCAAGGGGCCCAUCAAACGGGAGUCACGAAGCUCUUCAUGAAGGAGGACCUGUACCAGAUGCUGGAGAGCAAGCGGGACCGAGUAAUGCACGUGGCAGCCGUCACACUGCAGCGGUACUACCGCAUGCACUUCUUGCGGAGGAAGUACGCCUCUCUUCGGGUGAAGGUUGUCAAGUUGCAGGCGAGCUGCAGGGGCUUCCUCGUCAGGAAAUACUACACCGAGAUGAGACAAAACCUGAUCAAAUUCCGGGCUUUGAUCAACACGUAUGUCAACAGCAAGAGACUCAUCAAGACGAAGAUCGAGACUCUGAGACAAGCAGAGGCAGAGAGGAUGCAUAUAGAAAUGGAGCUCAUGAGGAGGGAGGUGGUGGACGUCACUCGCCUGGCCAUCCCAGCGGAACUCGCGGGGCUGCUCCAAGCUGUUUCGGCGGGCCGGGAGCUGCACUCAGACUGUCUCGCUCUUGUCCAAGCACCAAAGAUCCAGGUGGAGACUCAACUUACUCUGCCACUUGACAUCAACAACUACCUCUUGUCAAAAUUUAUUCAAACUCAUUUCCGGGAGCCCAAGUUUGGAAUGCUGACUAAACCGCUUGAAGCUCCUCUGACUCAUUUGGAGGAGGAUUUAAAGCAAGAGGCUGUCGAUGUUUUCAUAAUGGUUUUGAGGUUCAUGGGUGACCCUCAUCUCAAUGGUGCCCAGGAGAACCUGUUCGGGAACUACAUCAUCCAAAAGGGACUCUCCAUGCAGGGACUGAGGGAUGAAAUUCUGUCUCAAAUUGCCAAUCAAGUGUGGAGAAACUGUAAUUCUGCCAACUCGGAGAGGGGCUGGCUGCUCCUGUCUGCUUGUCUGAGUGCAUUUGCACCAUCGGAAAAGAUGGACAAGUAUCUCCUGAAGUUUGUCUCAGACUACGCUUACAACGGCUUCAAAGCUGUUUGCCAACACAGACUCAUGCAAGCCAUGCAAAAGUCCAAAUAUGGCCCCGAAGCUGCGAGGACCUAUCCGCCCUCUCUACUGGAGUGGACAGCCAAUAGGAAAAAAGCAAACAUGGUGUUACAAGUUCACUGCUUUGACGGAGCAUCCUUUCUGUGCCCUCUUCACUCCUGGACCAGUGGAGAGGAGCUGGCAAGGGACAUACUGCAGCACCGGGGGGUAGCAGAAGGCUGGAGGGGCUGGUCUGUCCUCAUGAAGGAGCAUGGGCAAUGGGUAGAGCUAGAGGGACACGACUACGUCAUGGAUCUCAUCUCUGACCUGGAACUAAUGACAGAUUUCCCAAGACAGAAAUCCUACUUCAUCGUCUCCGCAGAGGACCCAUCUCGAACAACGCGCAACACAAGCAUCAGCCUCUUUGGAAGUGGUUUUGAAUCAGAUGAGGACGUGCCCAUAUCCUAUGCCGUGAGGCACCCCACUGUGCCCACCUCCAGCCUACCUGACUUGGAGGGCUACCACAGCCACAUGGAGUCUGACAGCACAGGUGAAGUCCCCACUCAGAGGGGUCUGGAUCACUACCUUGACAGCCUCUUUGACCCAGUGCUCUCCUACGGCAAUGGGGACCUGGACAAGCCCACCAGCCUGUCAAGUUGGAUGAAGGGUGGAGGUGGGAUUGGAGGGGCACAGGAGGACAGUGAGCAGCAGGCUGCCAGCAAACCCCACCCCUCCCGAUGGAAGUCUGGUGGUGCACAACAUAAUACCCUGACACCAGAGCAGCAAGCCAUCGUCAACCAGCAAGCAAUCUUUAUGGCACAGCAGAUGACCAUGCAGGCAAUGGCUCUGGCUACCAGCCCACUAACUAGCCCUCUGACCAGCCCACCAGCCAGCCCUCCCACCAGCCCCUAUACUAGACACCCCACCAACCCUUACAUCAGCAAUCCAGCUAACCCCUACGCCAGAACUCCAACGAGUUCACCGAUCCAGGACCACCCCACAAAGACUGUGCCCCCUUUACCUCGAGCUACACUGCCUACUCUGGCCAAGCUAACAACAAGCAGUCAUCCCCACAAACAAACCCCUACACCAACUGUGAACAGGGAGAAACCUGCCUUUCAGAAAGUUGCUGCUUCUACGGGGCCGAGUCGCGGUGCCGCGCCCAAGGAUGUGGUGAGAUCCUCCGUCACCAACUCAGAGCGCAUGGAGCCAAGUCACAAUAUCAAGGACAUCAUCAAACAGUACCAGCCAGCCCCACCAGCGAAGCCUCCAGAGAUAAAAAGGAAAGAGGGAAAAGUGUUUGUGAAGAAGAUGAACCCGCACGAUGAAGCCAUGAUGAUCCUGAAGGCACAGAGGAGCACGCAGCCGCCUCAACCCCAGCAAAAGAAGCCUUUUCCUCCAGCAUUUGCUGCUGCCCAAGCAAGAAGACAACAGAGGGAGGAGGCAGCUGUAGUGAAACCAGCCAGGAGCAUCAGGACCACGAUAGUCCAGUUUCCCAUGGCCUCGGGUUACCAGGCAACCUCUGUGCUCCCACCUGUAUCCCGAGAGCUGCCAGUGGAAGAAGAGACUAUCCAAACUCAGCUGCACAGGAAGAGCAAUGAGGACCACUACACCUACACCAAUGUGCCCUGGAGGAUCUACCUGAGGAAGGAGGUCUUCUACCCAAAGGAGAGCUUUAACAAUCCCCUGCUUCUGGACCUGAUAUUCAAACAGAUUGUCAACGACACCUUUUCAGAGGCCUGCAUACGCAUCACUAAGGAGGAGAGACUGAAAAUGAAGUCCCUCUUUGCAGAUCACCGAGUCCAGCCUGGAUUGCUGACCCACGACGAGAGUGUGAAGAAGACGAUUGUCGGAGCGGCCCGGGAAUCCUGGGACAUUUACUUCUCACGCCUCUUCCCAGCCUCUGGUAGUGUGGGCACUGGAGUGCAGGUCCUAGCCGUGUCCCACAGUGGCAUCAAACUUCUCAAGAUGGUGAAGAGCAGCGCAGCAGCCCCAGAUUACUUCAGAGUGCUACGACCCUACAGCUACACAGACAUCAUGUUCGUCACGAUCCCCUCAAAGAACAUGCUGGAGUUCAACCUGACUAACGAGAAGCUAAUACUGUUUUCCGCUAAGGCUCCUCAGGUCAAAUCUAUGGUCGACUUCUUCAUCACAGAGCUUAAGAAGGAUUCUGACUAUGUGGUCGCAGUGAGAAAUUAUAUCACCGAUGAUAGGACCCUUCUGAGCUUUCAUAAGGGGGACAUCAUCCAACUCCAGGUCUUGGAGGGGCUGGAGGAAGGCCAAUACUAUGGCUGCAUUGUGAGGAAGAAAGUGAUGCUCCUUGAAGAGUUAAAGAAAGACACCCCAGACUUUGGCUGGAAGUUUGGCGCUGUUUAUGGCCGUUCAGGGAUCUUCCCUGCGGAGUUUGUCCAGCCAGUAGCAGCACCUGACUUCAUCAACCUCCCGGUGGGCAGGAAAGAGGAGCCAAAGAACAAGUAUGGUCAAGUGGCGGCAUCUUCCUCAGUAGCCGUAGCUGUAGGCUCAGUCAUGGCAGCCCGUCAGCUUGACCGCAGCAUUGAGGUGGUGCCCAAUGUCAGUGAGAACAUUGAGCAUCAUGGGGACUAUGGCAACAUUGACCUGGAUGAGGCUGUUCUGCAGGACAGCCAGUACAACUUGGUGGAGUUUGCCAAGAAGUAUUUUAGAGAAGCACAGAGGAAAAUGAGGUUUUCUAGUAAAAAGAAUUCCAAGAAGAUCAAGGAUACCAGAGAUCCUUCUGAAAUGGUGAAAUAUUCCAAGUCUCCAAUUCAGGAGUCUUUGAUAGAGUUUACAGAUGAAAAUGUGAACAAAGCAGCAGUGGAGAUGUUCCUGGCUGUGAUGAAGUUUAUGGGAGACUACCCACUGAGGGGUCAGACGGAGCAAGACGUAGUCUGUCACUUUCUCAAGCUCAUUGGAGAGUACGGGUUGUUGAAGGAUGAGGCUUACUGCCAGGUUCUGAAACAAAUCACUGCCAACACCAGUUCCAAAUCGGACAGUUGUCAGAGGGGCUGGAGGCUGCUGUAUAUCCUCACUGCCUACCAUCGAUGCUCGGAGGUCCUGAAACCCUACCUCCUCAAAUUUCUGCAUGACAUCUGCAAGGGCCCUGGAGUGCUCUUCCAAGGGAUCGCGAAGGUGUGCGAGCAGAAUCUCAGGAAGACAUUUCAAUAUGGUGGGCGCAGCGUGUUCCCCAGCAGCAUAGAGCUGAAGGCCAUGGUGGCUGGCCGAAGCUCCAAGCGGCAGCUGUUUCUUUUCCCCGGAGGAAUCGAGCGACACCUAAAAAUCAAAACGUGCAGCAUCGCUCUAGACGUCAUUGAAGAGCUGUGCUAUGAGAUGGGGCUGCACAGAGUGGAGGCCAUGGACGAGUACGCCAUCUUUGUGGUCGCAAACAAAGGGCAAAAUGUGAGACCACUGAACAAGAAGGAAUACAUUCUGGACAUUGCCACGGAAGCAGAGCAGAUUGACAGCAGCUACACUUUCUGGUUCAGGAGAGUGAUCUGGUCCCAGCCGCUGAAGUUUGACAAUGAACUCAGUGUCACCAUGCAUUUCAACCAGGUGCUUCCUGACUACCUAAAGGCUCUGCUAAAUGUCUUGCCUCAAGAUAAGGUCAGUGAGCAGCAGUUUCAGCAGGUCUGCAAGCUGGCUGCACUCCAACACCGCGCCAAGGACAGCAUCUACCUUCCCACCAUCCGUGAAGUCCAAGAAUGUGUCCCCUCCAAGCUGUUUGGGCUGCAACGUCCUCAGCAGUGGCUGAACACAGUGACCCAGCACAUGCAACAGGUGCAGCCCCUGAGCCCCCACCAGGCCAGGGCACAAUUUCUGGGGUUGGUGAGUGCAUUCCCCAUGUUUGGGUCCUCCUUCUUCUUCAUUCAGAGCAGCAGCAACAGCUCUAUCGUUGCCCCUUGCAUUCUGGCUGUCAAUCAGAAUGGGCUCAACUUUCUCGACAAGGAUAGUCAUGAGGUGAUGGUGAAGUUCCCUCUUAAGGAAGUGCAGUCCACAUGCACACAGAGGCCGACAGCAGGCUCCAGUUUCCCUUACGUGGAGGUCAUGCUGGGAGAUCUAAUGUCCCACCGCAUUACCCAGCUGCAGCUAGAACAGGGUCUGGAGCUCUGUCGUGUCGUCGCCAUGCAUGUCGAGAACAUGCUGUCCAUGCGAGAGAAGAGACUGACCCUGCCGCCAAGUGAAAUCACCCUCCUAUAAUCAGGAUAAUCAGAAUCCAUACAUCCUACUUCCAGUAUGACCAA